AUGGAGGGUGGCCAGACCACAACCACUGCCGCCCCCGCUGGCAACUCCAGUGAUUUUGUGCGAAAACUCUACAAAAUGCUGGAGGACCCUUCCUACGCCGAGAUUGUUCGUUGGGGAGACGAUGGGGAUAGUUUCGUGGUAUUGGAGUGCGAGAAAUUUACCAAGACCAUCCUUCCUAAGCAUUUCAAACACAGCAAUUUUGCGAGUUUUGUGCGUCAGCUGAACAAAUACGACUUUCACAAAGUCAGGCAAAAUAACGAGGAGAAUGGUCAAUCACCGUAUGGGCAGAAUGCAUGGGAAUUCAAACAUCCGGAAUUCAGGGCGAACAGCAAGGAAUCGUUAGAUAACAUUCGACGGAAGGCGCCGGCCCCUCGGAAACAGGCCCAAAACAAUGACGACUCAGUCCCAACCCAACAGAUCGACCUGCUCAAUCAGCAGAUUGUCGCGCAACAGCAACAGAUUCAGCACCUCUCAGAUCGAUACGCGCAGUUGACCGUUGACCAUCAGCUUAUGUUGCAGGAGCUGAUGAGAGUACAAAAGACGGUUUUGAACCAUGAGAACGUCAUUCAUCAAGUGAUGAAUUAUUUGCUAUCGGUCGAUGCUCGUCAAAGGCGGGAUGGUAAAGCGGCAGCGGCCUUCCCGGCCCAAGGGCAAGGCAGUUCGAAUGUGAAUCCGGGGCAGGCUGACGAUGUUUCGGCCUCUCCCUUGCAGCAUGCAUCCAAGUUAUUGAACAACAUGAACGCCGAGAUCCAAUUCAACCUGGCUGGUCUCGAAACGGUGGGAGAACCACCCAAGGCAGCGCAGGUUGUCCCAACAACCGCGCUGGAAGCUGCCCCUCGAAACGGAGUUGUGCGCCCGCCCACAGCAGCAGGCGCCAACCCGGCAAAUCUGGUCUACCCAAAGAUGAACGGCGAGAUCGAACCCGUCGUCUAUCCCGUUGGUGCUACCAAUGGAAUCGACCCCAUGUAUAGCGAGCAUGUCAACAAUGUGCCGUAUCCCAUGCCUCCGAAACAGGAAGUCGACGACGCCCGUCGACCGGUGCCUGACAAUCGGAAAAAGAGCACAAACGUUGAUCCCGGAUGGGUGCGCAGCCCGCACAUUCUUCUCGUGGAAGAUGAUGCAACAUGCCGGCAGAUUGGAGGGAAAUUCCUCUAUUCAUUCUCGUGUGUCAUCGACACCGCGUUUGAUGGCUUAGAAGCGGUGAAUAAAAUCCAGGACGGGUCGAAGUACGACCUCAUUCUCAUGGAUAUCAUUAUGCCGAAUUUGGACGGUGUUUCUGCCUGUCAUUUGAUCCGUCAAUUUGACCGGACUCCCAUCAUUGCUAUGACCUCUAAUAUCAGAAGUGACGAUAUUCAACUCUAUUUCCAGCAUGGCAUGGAUGACGUCCUCCCCAAACCCUUCACGCGGAAAAGCCUGCUCGAUAUGCUCGAAAAACAUCUAGUCCAUCUAAAAGCCAUCCCUCAAGGCAUGGAAUCUUCACAACCCACUGCAGCAGUCACGAUGGCUGCUCAGACCUCGGCCACUCAAUCCAUCAAAGAAGAUAGCUCUCCUGGCCAAUCGCCAGCUGCAUCCAUGAAUAAUUGGCAGUCACCCGGCCAAUUCCAAGGGAUGACCACGGUUCAUCCCAAUCUCCAACAAGUCCCAACUCAGUAUGUUCCUGCAACUGCGGCCCCAACCGCUUAUGCAGUCGAUCAAAAUGGCGUCCAAUACCCGGCUCCUCCAGUCGCAAUGAAUCCCGCGGCAGGGACAGCGCGACCACCUCACCGACGACAGAUAUCCGAAAUGUCCAGCGCGGCAGAGAGUUCGAAUUUUGCGAAACGACCGCGGAUGUACGCACAUCCGUCGCAACCGAUGAUCAAUCCCGUCCCGGCUACGCGCACUGGCUAA